CGAGAACACAUCACGCGGAAUAAUUCAUACGGCGGGAUCUCCGAGUCACUCCUACCCCCACUCCGCCCGUUUAGGCAGCUCUCCCAUAGGGCAUUGCCUCCAGUGACCGUAAGGAAAACGGGAGCGUCUCAGAUCCCCUUCGACUAAAGACAUUUUUAUCAGCCGGGCGUCAAACCAUUCGAAUCGGUCAAAAACAGAAAAAAAGAGGGGGACGCAAGGUCGUCUUGUAUAGGUGUUACAUUUUUAUUCCCUGUCAGCCGAUCUGAAAUCAGUGGCUCCGUUUUGAUGAAGGAGAGCGCAUUUGCCCGUUCUCAACUUACAGAUUCUUCGUCAUUGUUCGCUUAGAUUUGCUCGGCAGUCCUUCCCGCGUCGGCGUGGCGCUGAAGAAGAUAUUGCCAAUUUGGGCCAGCAAUUGAAAAAAAUGACUGGAUGAUAUUGGGACGUCACUGCAAGGAACAGGCGGAGUGACGCAGCAGUGGCAACAGCAAGUUAUUGCCAUCUUCAUAUUGACUCCUGUACGGCGAACGAUGAGGAUAUCGGACCUCACGCGGCGUUGUGCGGCGGCGUGCAGAGGGGAAGCGCGCCAACUGUUCCCGCUCGUGCUGGCUGCUCUAGUGGUCAUCCGGAGCGCUGGACUUGCCAAUUCCAAGGAACAACCAGGAGACACCGGGGAGAAAUUGACUCUUUUUCAGCUUGAUCCCGUCGAGAAAGGCUACGUGAGGGAUUUUGAAGCCGAGCCGGACCGAGUUCUUCAGGUCGAAACGAAAGCCUUACAACCGCCAUUAUUCGAAAUACGCGGAUUCCUGUCACCGGACGAGUGCGACUACAUCAUUGAGCAGGCGCUACGCGGGGGCCUGUACCCUAGCGGGGUGAACGACGACGCUUACUACAAGGACUUGGCCCAGGAGGAGGAGGGGGAAGUCGAUGAUCAAGAUGACGGGCAAGCAGCAGGCGAGUUGGACAGAGAGGCGGAAGAGAGAAACGCAGACUCUGUCUUCGUUGACUUAGACGUCAAUGAUGAUAUGGUGUUGGAUACAGAGGAACUUCUGUCCGUCCUGAACACCGACAACGCCUUCCUGCGCCAUAAGGACGUGCUGCAGAUGUACAGCGAUCUGGGUCUGGACCCGGACUCGGACGGCCAGCUGACCAGGGACGAGUUCGUCUCGCUGGUCUUCAGCGACCGUCUGGCCGACGUCGAGCGGUGGGUCUGGCAACAGACCGGCCACGGGGAGAACAAGAUACGGGAGAGCAAACAGGCAUGGCUGGGCGAGCCGGGACCCGCGACCGACCCGGUGCUGGCUGCCAUGCAAAGAAGGGUCGUGUCGCUAACUAGGUUACCAGAGUCGAUCGUUCAGUGGAGUGAGCAACUUCAGGUCGUCCGUUACGAGCCUGGCGGUCAUUUCCACGCCCACUACGAUUCCAAUGAGUUGGACGGUGAGAUGGAUUGUAUGUUGAACGGAGUUUCUGGUCGAUUCUGCCGGUUUAUGACCAUACUUUACUACCUUGAUGACGAUGUCAGCGGAGGCGAGACUGCCUUCCCUAUAGCGGACAAUGGUACUUAUUCGGACAGGGCAACAAAGACGGAGAUCUAUGACUUGAGUGACCACUGCCAUGACGCCAACUUGUACAUCAAACCAGAGAAAGGCAAAGCUAUUAUGUGGUACAACCACUACAUUAACGAGACAACAGGUUGGCUGGGAGACCUGAACCUGUUCUCCCUCCACGGUGGCUGUGAGGUCCUACAAGGCACCAAAUGGAUCGCCAACAAUUGGAUCUGGGUGGACGACUCGUAUGAGCGCCAGACGCAAUUCCUCAGGAAUGUCCAGCGGACUCUAAGCGAGGAGGAGCAAACCAAAGCCUCCGUGGAACUCUCGCUGCCCCAGAGAGUCGCUAGCAAGACGGAUCUCCUCAGUGAACUGUUUAGUGUUUUCAGGGCAAAGACUGACACUUGUUCGAGCGGAGACGAACUGUAACACUUAUAUCACGAAGGAGGAAUUCUCUCCUUUGGACUUACUAAACAUUUUUGAGAGCAACGCGAGGACUCCUUUUUUGGGCAAGUGGGUUCUUUGCCUGAACCCUGAAAUACUGGCCGCAGUCUGCAAAUUGUGAUAAAAGUGUGCGUGGGAACGACCAUGAUACUGGA